AAAUCAGAUAAUUUGCAUUCAAGUAUUAAUUUUGAUGGUGGUGUGUUCAUGUCUUCUCACGAUUUUCAAAAGUUUACAUUCACAUCAUUAACUCACUUAAAAUAUGACAUGAGUGCUAUGAUGCUUAUUAUUAAGGAUACUAACGAAAAGGUGCAAGCACUAAUGGCACAAUCAAACAAUAAUUUUAUAUCCACAAUUUCCCCAAAACAAAAUUCAAAUGAUAUGAACAUAUUCCCAUUAACUAGUGAUGAUGGACUUAUGGCAGAAGAAAAAAAAAUAGAUGAUACUCAUUAUAGAAAUGAAUUGAUUUGUAAAUUAUCAUUGUUGGCUGACAAUAAUAAUUUAAACAAUAGUGUGAGAAGAAUUAUUUCACGCUUGUGUGAUGAUACAUUACUUCUAAGUUAUUCGCUAACUGGUUUCAAACAUAAUAAGCCAUUUGGAAGUCUUAAAAUAUACCAGCACAUAUAA